GCAUGUACCCCGAACGAUACCGAACCCACCUCGGAAGGCUCCAAUUGGCUCGUAUUAGAUAAUUAUAAUAGGCGACAGACAAUGCAUACAUACCAGUGGCUACCGAUUAUAAACAUGGGGAAAUGGGUUUAAAGGGAGAAGGGAGGGGCUAAGGCAGGCUCGUCGUUUUAUUGAAUAGAAGAAGCGCUGACUGUAUUAAAGACCGCUGGUUGAGAUAGUACUCGGUCGUGUUAGUAUUUCCAUUCAAGUGCUUUGGUUGCUGCUUACAAAUAAUACAAUAAUAAUAAUAUCAGAUUCGAAGUCGUCGGCAAUUCUCAGUGGCCUAUACCUUGUUUCCAUGAGCAGGGACUGAUGGUCAGUCCGAGGCCGAUCCGGGUUCUCCCGCAUUCCUCCUGAACCCCCAUUGCUAGUCUACCCGAGCUGAGUGAAAAGACUCCAUGCAAUAUAUCCCUGAAGUGUAAUAGUGCCGGCAGCUGCAGUGAGUGAUCGACAGGACUGGAGAGCUGUGAGUUUGAUCAGGACCUGAAUUUCAGACAGUGACCGCACAUCCCAGGACUUAUCAUGGAUGACUUUGAGCGCCGCAGAGAACUGAGGAGGCAAAAACGCGAAGAGAUGAGGAUCGAGGCUGAAAGGCUGGCGUUCCAGAGGACUGAUGAGGAUGACGAGGAAGCUGCCCGCGAGCGUCGGCGCCGAGCUCGUCAGGAGCGCCUGCGAAACAAGGAUGAGGGGGAGGAGACAAGCAGCAUGAGCAGCGACAAGGUGGAGAUCAACAACCAGAACAGUGUGACGGAGGAAGAGCAGCAGAGCGCCCCUGUGGGCCCCCCUCCCCCCCAAACUGAAGACGAAUUUGCUGUCCAGGUCAAGCUGGACAAGCGCGAGGAGCGGCGCCAGAAGAGACUGCAGGAGGCGCUAGAGAGGCAGAAAGAGUUCGACCCCACCAUCAGCCUCCCCAAGGAGAACAACCGGGAGAAGGAAGAAGAAGAGGAGGAGGAGGAGAGGGGCCGAUACCAGCAAGAGGAGGAGAAAACCAACCAGCGUAACGCCUGGAGGGACAAAGAGGAAGAAGAGAAGGUAGAGCCAGCCCAGGAGGAGGAGGAGGAGGUGGAGGAGGAGCAAGAGGAACCACAAGAGGAGCCAAAGGAGGAGGAGAAGCAGGAGGAAGUGGUAGUGGAGAAACCGAGGCGAUCUUACAUGACUCCGGAGGACGUCAUCGAGGAGAAGCCAAAACAAUUUUCCAAGAGAGAUGAGGAAGUGAUUGAGGAUAAACCGAAGCGGUCAUACGAGAGAGCGGAGGAAGUGGUCGAAGAAAAGCCUCGAAGAUCUUACAAGGAUGAAGAGAUCCAUGUGGAGAAGACAAGCAGGGAGGUUGAGGUGAUCAACACCCCAGCGCCCAAGCAUCAGAACGGGGGAGACUUCCACGAAGGCACCACUGACAGGCAGAAGAAACCCGAGCGGAGCCUCAGUCGCGGCGGCCUGCACUCAAACCUGGAUCCCGUGGAAUCGGAGCAGGACUCAGACGCGGCACGCCAGGAGGCAGAGCGCAAGCUGGAGGUGCUGCGUCGUAGGAGGGACGAGACGGAGAGCGAGGAGUUCCACAGGAUGAGGCUGAAGCAGCAGGAAGCAGAGCAGGAGCUGGAAGAGCUGAAGAGAAAGAGGGAGGAGAGGAGGAAGGUGCUGGAGGAGGAGGAGCAGCUCAGGAAGCAGGAGGAAUCCCAGAAGAAAGCCAGGGAGGAGGAGGAGAAGAGGAGAAUGAAGGAGGAGAUUGAGAGGAGACGGGCAGAGGCAGCUGAGAAGAGACAGAAGAUCACUGAGGAGGUUUCCCCCGACGGGGAAGGCAAGAAGCCGUUCAAAUGUGUCAGCCCCCGGGGGUCUUCACUGAAGAUUGGCGAGAGGGCAGAGUUUUUGAACAAAUCAGUCCAGAGAAGCAGCAGUGUUAAGAGCUCGCACCCGACUCUCCAGGUCUCCAAGAUUGACAACAAGCUGGAGCUCUACACCUCUGCUGUGCAGACCAACAAGGAGAUCAAGCCCUCCAAGCCUGGGGCGUCUGACCUGCCUGUGGUGGGAGAGGGGGUCCGUAACAUCAAGAGCAUGUGGGAGAAAGGAAACGUCUUCAACUCCCCCGGGAGCCCUGGAUCCCCCAACAAGGAGACAGCUGGCCUGAAGGUCGGGGUGGCCAGUCGCAUUAAUGAUUGGCUGAACAAGACUCCAGAGAGCAAAUUGGCAGGAGGCAAGCCCGCGGAUCUGAAACCUGGAGAUGUAACCAACAAGCGCAGCUUAUGGGAAAACAAACCUUCUUCCCCAGAUAAAUCAACCACCCCUGGCAAGAUUUCUCUUAGAUAGUUGGCUUCAUCCCUUUCUCAUGAUGUGCAGAACAGGUAACAGCUGGAGGGAGGAACAAAUCAGUUACCAAUGGAAUGGGGCACCAACACUAAGAUGCUUGAGGGGAAUGGAAGAAACAUACGUCAAAGUGCUCGACUGUCCUUUUUUUCUAUUUAUAUUUUAAUACCAAAAAAAAAAAAAAAGAUUUUGCAGUAGCCCAGGAAAAAAGAACAAAAAAAUGAUAUUAGCACAAAAAGGCCACAGUUUUAUACAGUCGUGUUUAAAGUAUACAGCCUUUGCACAAGACCUUUUUACUUUAUUUAGAAAAAUAUGCUGUGAAAUUUAAAACGUUUAUAGCGAUAUCAAAUCUUUUUUUUUUUUUUUAUUGUUUGUAUUUUAUUUCAUGUUACGAACUGCAGAAAGAAAAGACGGCAAUCGCUGUCGACGAUUUGGAUGAUGAUCCGAUUCCCUAUUGAAAACAGAGAUUGUUCAUUGUUCCUUUCUGCAGUUGAGAAUAGCAUCCUCCUUUUUUACUUUUAAUAUAGCAAGUUUAUCUUUCUAGCAAAGUAAAAUGCCGCAAUUGGAAUAUUGUAAGCCGAUCGUGGUACUGAUUACAGUGGUAAAGAUUAGGAGACAUUAUAAGAGGUGGUUAGAGGUUUCAACACACGUGCACACAUUGCUUUGAGAGUUUUAGUUUAUACAGCACUUUUUAUUGGCAGUAGAACGCUCCAAUAUAUGUAAGGACAUAUAUCUAGUAAUAAACAUUUACAUUAUAGUCUAUUUCACAGCUUGUUAUUUGAGAUGUCACGUUUUGUUGUAACAAAGAUACAUACCUGAAGCUAUCGAUGAGAUGCAGGUGGGCGGGUGGGAUUAAACAUUUCAAUUAAUAUAUAUAUAUAUAUAUAUAUAUAUAUAUAUAUAUAUAUAUAUAUAUAUAUAUAUAUAUAUAUAUAUAUAUAUAUGUAUAUAUAUAUAUAUAUAUAUAACAGCCCUUCUUUAGCAGAAUCUGUUUUUCGUACACGGACAUACUCCAUUGUCCCUCAACUUUCAUGGCAUGUAUUAUAAGACAUGCAUUAUGAGAAUCCAAUGCGGAUUGUUAUUCAUAGCAGGCAAUGAAAGAUUAGAUUUAAACCCUGCUCUAAAAAAAAAGUCUGUGUGUUGAGAAAGUCAUUUUGAACACAUUUAGCAGCAGGUUGUAAUUCUUACAGCGUCUUAAUUCAAACUCUAACCCGUAAUUGUGACACACUCUGUCCCUCUCCUGUUAGAGAAGUGCUAGAGAGAGAGAGAGAGAGAGAGAGAGAGAGAGAGAGAGCGAGAGAGAGAGAGAGAGGGGGAGAGAGAGAGAGAGAGAGGGAGAGAGAGAGAGAGGGGGAGAGAGAGAGAGAGAGAGGGAGAGAGAGAGAGAGAGAGAUUGCAAAUGGAUUGUACAGAGAUUGCAAAUUGAUUUUUUUUUUAAACUAUAUAAAAUCAUGUAAUCAAAAUUAUAUUGCAAAAGUCUACCGGACUACACUUCCUCAAGAAACUUUUGGACACAGAUUAAUCUGACCUAAAUGAUUUAAAAUGACAUUUCGAAUCAGUAAAAGAAAAAGAAAACAACAACAUUGGUUAAUUUUAAAUGAUGUAAUUUGCAACUUGAAUUAAGAACCCAUGAGGAUGAUAACGAAAAACAUAAUCACCCAAACAAUGAUCUUACAUAGAAGUCUUAUUUUGCGGGUUGUACAAUGACUGUCGCGGGUCUGCGGGUUUUAAUGUCAAUUUAAGGAUCUCUUGGGUUGUUUGAAGGGCCAGUCUCCAUAGCAGCACAUUUUAAAUGUGAAACAAAUAAAAAAUCUACCUACACAAGAUUAAAAACAGGUUCACGUAAAACAACAGUUUUUUGAAUGGUGGCCCUAGCAAUUCCUGGCAGUAGGAUCAUGUGUAUGGGCAAGGAAAAUGGAACGGAGGCAACGAGCUGAAAGAUGCUUAUAGUGGAGUUGUUUUUUUAAAUGAUUUUUUUUUUUUUGUACUUCUGUUUUUAGUUUACAUAUAAAAAACACAACUACACUCAAAAUAUUGUGUAGGGGUGAAAACUAUGCAAUCCUUUGUCUUUGUAUCAUCUGCAAAUGCUGCCAUUUUUGUAAACACUGUGGGUAUUUGUAGUGUAGAGGAUAGCUUCAUGCAAAAUAUUUGUUUAAACAAUGUAUCGUGAAAACAGCCACCACAAUAAAUAGAUAAUGUCCAAGAA